UCGUGAGUCGGCGCGUCCUGUCGGUGGAAUGCAAGAUUUAAACAUCACUGACUUGCUCUUGUGCUACGAAAAGAUGGGAAAAACUGUGAUGUAGGCGUUUGUUUGACAAUCACCUGUUCGGGGAAACUCAGCCAAGCGAGCUUGCAGUAUUCAGGUACUGUACAGGGGUAAAAAACAGUCACUUAAAAAUAUGACCUCAUCAAAGAAGGUUGUGCAUUACGCUGCCAUUUUUGUCCUCUAUGUUGUCGAGGUUUGUACGAAAAGUGUGACCGUUCCCUUUGUGACACCGCCCCUCCCUUCCCGACCAUUUCUCGCCGUGUGGAACGUCCCGUCGGAGAAAUGUGGAUCAGAAUUUGGGGUGGACCUCAGCCUUGACUCCUACAACAUCGUGUCCAACCCUGGCCAGGAGUGGAACGGCACCUACAUGACCAUCUUCUACUCACAACAAAUGGGGCUUUAUCCUUACUACAACGACAACAACCUUCCCAUCAAUGGAGGAAUACCACAGGUUGUGAAUAUGACCGCCCAUCUGGCCAAGGCAGCUGAGGACAUCAGGACUCUGAUUGCUGACCCUGAGUAUCGAGGGCUGGCCGUUAUUGACUGGGAGGGAUGGAAACUUGUCUGGAACAGAAACUGGGAUACCAAGGCAAUCUACAAGAAUGCGUCCCGAGCGCUGGUAGAAAAACAACAUCCUGAUUGGCCAAAGGAAAAGAUUGAGGCUGCUGCUAAAGAAGAGUUUGAAACCGCAGGCCGGACCAUGUUCACUCAGACCGUUCUCCUGGCACAAAAGCUACGUCCAAAUGCCCGCUGGGGGUACUACCUCUUCCCUGACUGCUAUAAUUAUAAGAAAAAUAUGUACAAUGAAACAGCAGAAUAUAGCUGUCCACAAAUAGAGCUAGAACGGAACAACCAGAUACAGUGGCUGUUCCAAGAUAGCACAGCCUUGUAUCCAUCUAUCUACCUCAGCAGUCGAUUUGAGCAAACUGAAGAUUCGCGAUGGUUUGUACACUUCCGCAUGAAGGAAGCAUUCCGUAUGAGAGCAUCACGGACUGGGCCAAAUAUUCCUGUGUAUGCAUACAUCAGGUUUGUGUAUGAAGAUACCGGGGAAUACCUGACAAAGUGGGACAUGGUCCACACAAUGGGCCAGGCUGCAGACAUGGGGGCUGAUGGGAUAGUGAUCUGGGGAACCUACCUAGAUGGAGGAUCAAAGGAGGCAUGUCUGAAACUGCAAAGCUACCUCCAGACCACGCUCGGUCCCUACAUCCUCAAUGUCACAACUGCAGCUGAGAGGUGCAGCCAACAACACUGCAGUAACCAUGGAAGGUGUGUCCUAGCAACAGGGAGCCAUGGCAACCACGACAUCAUCAACAAUGUCAUGGAGACAAAGGAAAAUUUUAUCAAAUAUACCAUUGAUAGUUCUUCAAUUGGAAAAUCGAUGAGAAAAGAUGACUUGGGAAAAUCUGACAGUGAUGUGAACAAUGUUAUGUCUGCAGGUUUUUAUCAUGAGAUUCCCACAUGUCAAUGUUACCUCGGCUGGACCGGGGAAACUUGCAAUCACAAAGUUUGAACUAAUUAAACACAUAGACUUUUAUUGUUACACAUAGACUAUAAGUGUGAAUGCUGAAUUCUGUGUGUUCGAAAGUACAGACACCAGGCCAGUACCAUAGCCAUUUAGUAUCUCUAAAAAAAGUUCUCAACAAUUUCUAUUAAAAUUUUUUUAUACAUGUCAAGGUUUAUGGGACCAUUAAUGCUUUGUGCUACUUUAUGUAAAAUAUAUGUAAUUCUAAGUUAAGCGUCAUUGUUUCGCUCAUGUUGUCCAUAGAUAAUUGAUUUUACCAUCAUCAAAUCGUUUUAUUUUUGUAUCUUUAUACCACCACAACCGUUUUAGUAAACAAGAGAAUUUAUCUUUGUCUCAUU